CACAAUCCCACUUAUCCCCCUCCACGCGCAGCCCGACUGCUGCUGAAGUAAAGGUGAGAGCGGCGCGGGACGGGAAGGCUGUGCCAUGCGCGGGCGUCUGAUCGUUCGAAGGAUUCUAUCUUCCUCGAAAAGCCAGGUCUAUUGGUUAUAUCUCCAACGGUAACAAGUUGAGGAUGUGGCUGUUUACUUUAACAACUUUGUUCUGGUUUAUAUUCAAGUCAGGCAUGGCUCUGCAGAUCCAGUGUUACCAGUGCGAGGAGGUAACCCAGAACGAGUGCUCCACGCCAGAGUUCAUCGUGAACUGCACAGUCAACGUGCAGAACAUGUGCCAGAUGGAGGUUCUAGUGAAGGAGGAUGGGGUGUACUACCGCAAGUCAUGCGCGGCCUCCGCCGCCUGUCUCCUAGCCUCCUCCGGCUACCAGCAGUUCUGCACCGGGAAGCUCAACUCAGUGUGCAUCAGCUGCUGCAGCGAGCACCUGUGUAACAAGCCCCGGCAGAAGAAACACCCGUCCCAUUCGCACGCCCCGCCCCUGAGCCAGCCACCCCUGCUCCUCCCCCUGCUCCUCCCCCUGCUCCUCCUGCCUUCAGCGGACAUGCUCUGCUGAUGGCGUCGUGAGAGUCAGCUGGGUCUUUGCAAAAGAAGAAAGAAAGAAAAAGAAGGACAAGAAGAAAAGAAACGG